CUCACUCCCUCACUCCCUCAUCCUCGCGUAGGUACCCAUUUUGGCUGCGAUGGCGGCAUCGGCAUUGCUCAAGAGUCGCGUGCGGAGGCCGUCCUAUCUGAACAGACUGGCCCAGGCUGAGGACUUGAUUGACCUCUUCCCGCACAACUCCUACAUCGGCUGGUCGGGCUUCACGGGCGUAGGCUACCCCAAGAAAGUGCCCACGGCGUUGGCCGAGCAUGUCGAGAGAAACAAUCUGCAGGGCAAGCUCAAGUACCACCUCUUUGUGGGUGCUUCCAGUGGGGCAGAGACGGAGAAUCGAUGGGCACGGAACAACAUGAUUGAGCGGAGAGCACCGCAUCAAGUGGGCAAAGAGAUUGCCAAGGGCAUCAACAAUGGCAACAUCAAGUUCUUCGACAAGCAUUUGUCCAUGUUCCCCGUCGAUCUCAUGUAUGGCUUCUACACCAAGAACAAGGAGAACAACAGGCUGGACGUGGCUAUCGUGGAGGCUUCGGCCAUCACCGAAGAUGGGGGCAUCAUUCCCGGAGCAUCAGUGGGAGCGAGUCCAGAGAUUAUUCAAAUGGCUGACAAGAUUAUCAUCGAGGUCAAUACCGCCUCGCCGAACCUCGAGGGACUACACGAUAUCACUAUGACUGACCUGCCGCCCCGAAGAAAGCCAUACCUCGUCAUGUCGCCCGAAGAUCGAAUUGGCACACCACACAUUCCUCUGGAUCCAGAGAAGGUCGUAGCGAUUGUGGAGUCUGACUAUGCAGACCAGACACAGCCCAAUGCACCAGAAGACGACAACUCCAAGGCCAUUGCUCAUCAUCUCAUCGAGUUCCUGAAACAUGAAGUGAAUCACGGCCGUCUGCCUCCAAACCUGUUACCAAUUCAAUCAGGGAUUGGAAACAUUGCUAAUGCAGUUGUGGGAGGACUGGCGAGUGGCGGAGCAGACUUCAAAAACUUGAAAGUAUGGACCGAAGUGCUUCAAGACUCGUUUCUUGACCUCUUUGACAGCGGUAACUUGGAUUUUGCAACAGCUACCUCGAUUCGCUUUUCUCCAGACGGCUUCCACCGCUUCUACGACCGCUACAAGGACUAUGCACCAAAACUGUUACUGCGCAGCCAGCAAGUGUCCAACUCGCCUGAGAUCAUUCGAAGACUGGGUGUUAUCGGCAUGAACACCCCUGUUGAAGUCGAUAUCUACGCGCAUGCCAAUUCGACUUGUGUGAUGGGCUCGCGAAUGCUUAACGGCCUAGGUGGCAGCGCUGAUUUCUUACGAUCGGCCAAGUACUCAAUCAUGCACACGCCCUCCACCCGCCCUUCGAAAACCGAUCCUACUGGUGUGUCUUGCAUCGUCCCUAUGUGCACGCACGUGGAUCAAACCGAACACGAUCUCGACGUUGUUGUCACAGAGCAAGGCUUUGCCGAUGUGAGAGGCAUGUCGCCUAAAGAGAGAGCUCGAGAAAUCAUCAAGAAGUGCGCUCAUCCAGACUACUAUCCGAUCCUGAAGGAUUACUUUGAUAAGGCUGAGUUUGAGUGUAUGAGAAAAGGCUGGGGCCAUGAGCCGCAUUUGCUAUGGAACGCGUUCGACAUGCAUAAGCAUCUCAACGAGCACGGGACUAUGAAGCUUCCCAAGUGGCAGGAUUGAGUAGAUGUCGUUAGGCUGGUGUAGCAAGAGGCGUCCAGUCCUAGCACGAUAUGCAGCCUCAGACAGCUGCAAUUCAAAGCGCUGAGUUGAGGUAAAGUUCGCGGAAAACACAUGCCAUGUACUAGAUAGAUAUUGUGCUGGCCUGUUGAUCGCCAGGAUCUCGCCCAGUGGACUUUGUCGCAAUACUUACAUGUCAAAGCCACGAUCAUCUGUAGCUAAGCGCCAACCAAAACAUUGUACGUAUAGAGGCUUUUUCCAGGCUGUUUCUUCUCGUGGAAA